CGUUGGAGGGGAGAGCGCUUUGAACAGUGGACUCGUAUAGAAAUGGAAAAAGAUGAGAUAAGAUGAUCUCCCAUUCUCUUAAAUUCCUUCACCCUUUCCACCUUUUCUCUCCCUUUCCAAUCCUUCAGAUUCAUUCGCUUAAUUUUAUUAGAUACGUACACACUGUGUAAGAGGAGAAAUGUCUGAGGACAGCAAGUACGUCGAGCACUGUAAGGGCAUUAAUGGCCUCGACAAGGUCAUCUUGCGUGAGGUUCGUGGUUGUUCUGCCGAGAUCUACUUGUAUGGAGGUCAAGUCACAUCUUGGAAGAAUGAACAUCGGGAAGAAUUGCUUUUUGUUAGUAGCAAGGCUAUAUUUAAGCCUCCAAAGGCUAUCCGUGGAGGUAUUACAAUCUGCUUUCCUCAAUUUGGUAGUGGUGCUCUUGAUCGGCAUGGAUUUGCAAGGAACAGAUUUUGGAGUAUUGAUAACGAUCCCCCUCCCUUUCCAACAAAUACCACCAACAAAGCCUUCAUUGACUUGAUACUUAAGCAAUCUGAAGAAGAUGCGAAGAUCUGGCCUCACAGAUAUGAAUUUCGUCUAAGGAUAACUCUGGGGCCUGGAGGAGACUUGAUGUUGACCUCUCGUAUUCGAAAUACAAACACUGAUGGGAAGUCAUUCACCUUUACGUUUGCCUACCACACCCAUCUUUAUGUUACUGAUAUCAGUGAAGUGCGUGUGGAAGGACUUGAAACACUGGAUUAUCUGGAUAACUUAAAGGAUAGAGAGCGAUUUACUGAACAAGGGGAUGCAAUAACAUUUGAAUCAGAAGUAGAUAAAAUAUACCUCAGCACACCUACUAAAAUUGCUAUUCUGGACCACGAAAGGAAAAGAACAUUUGUAUUGCGAAAAGAUGGACUUCCUGAUGCGGUGGUCUGGAAUCCCUGGGAUAAGAAAGCAAAGGCAAUGCCUGAUUUUGGUGAUGAUGACUACAUGCAUAUGCUUUGUGUAGAGGCUGCUUGUGUAGAAAAGCCCAUUACUUUGAAACCUGGUGAAGAGUGGAAAGGAAGGCAGGAGCUGUCUGUAGUUCCCUCCAGUUACUGCAGUGGACAACUUGAUCCUCGAAGGGCACUAAGUGUUUAGAAGAUUGGGCCACUUUGGUGCAUCUCUUUUGCAGGCGGUCUUUUGCCAUUGUGUAUUUGGUGCUGUCAGAUGAUUCUUGCCAAGAUUUUAUGAAGGCAAGGUUCAAGAGGAAAAGUGAGAUGAUGCAGUGUAAAGAGAUCUAUUUGGCAUUUUGUUAACUUCUAUGCUUAUUCCAAAUCAAGGAUAAGAAUGGAAGGAAAAUAUCUUUAAUCCCUUCCCCUCCUCUCCUCUCCUCUCUCUCAUUUUUAUUUUUAUUUUUUUAUUUAUUUUUAAUAAACUUUCCCUUUUAUUUGUUUCUCUCCCUCUCUUUAUUCUUGGUCUUCUCUGUCUUCUUUCUUUCAUUGUAUUAUUGUGAUUAUUAUCAUCAUUUCUUUGGAUAGCCAAAGAGGAUUUGGACUUUCUAAUCUUCCUUCUCCUUGCUACCAAAUGGGCUACUGCUCAGCCACACUUUUAAGUAUCUUCUUUUUCUUUUUA